CAGAGCGGUUCACACGUUUUAUAUAUAUAUAUAUCUAAUCUCAAAAUAUUUUUGUGUCUUCAAAAGUGUUAUUAUUAUAUCUUAUCACCUAGUCGUCAAGUUGUUGGCCAACCCGCCACAGUGACAAGCAUAAAUUAUGAUAAUGCAAUACCGAGUAGAUUAAGUGUUUUUGUGUGUUUUAACCUUUAAGUACCAAAUAUAAAGUUUCGGUUGAAAUAAAGAAAGUGACAUCGCCAUGAAUUACGACUGCAUGUUAGAAAAAAGCAGAUAAAUGUAAGCGCAUGGAACAUCAGUGGUCAUAAUACAUUGAGGAUGUGAUUGAUUUAACAACUACUUUUCUUUGUGUGUCAAGGGUGCAAUAUAAAGGGCAGAUGACCUAUUGGAUCGUCACUUCGAGGUUUUAGUUUGCAUUUUAUUUCGAUUCAACCCUUCGAGGCUGUGAUAUUAAGAUGAUCUCGCACAUAACGACUCUUGCCAACGGCAUCAUUGGCGUCAGUGUUCUGGCAAUGCCAUUUUGCUUCAAGCAAUGCGGCAUUGUUCUUGCAACACUGGUACUGCUACUCAGCAGUGCUCUAUCCAGACUGGCUUGUCACUUUCUCAUCAAGUCAGCGGUCAUGUGUCGCCGAAGGAACUUUGAGUUCUUGGCCUUCCAUGCUUUUGGCCCCAUGGGCAAGUUUUUCGUUGAGCUGUGCAUCAUAGGAUUCUUACUGGGAACUUGCAUUGCCUACUUUGUUGUUGUUGGCGAUUUGGGACCACAGAUCAUUGGGGAGUUCAUAGACAAGGAGCCCAAAGACAUAAGAAGUGGCCUUCUCAUUACCACUGCUGUUUUUAUUGUUUUACCUUUGGGUUUGUUGAGAAAUGUUAGCAGCCUUGCAAGCGUCAGUACUGCAUCCAUAGCUUUUUACAUUUGUCUAGUUUUAAAGGUAAUAGGUGAUUCCACUCACAGUAUUUUUUCCGCCGAUUGUUUUGACAAAAUAUAUUUUUGGAGACCAGCAGGUAUGCUCCAGUGUUUGCCAAUUUUUGCCUUGGCCCUGUUCUGCCAGACUCAGUUGUUUGAAAUUUAUGAGACUCUACCCAAUGCCACCUUGGAAAAAAUGAACCAAGUUGUGCGAGGAGCCUUAAAUGUAUGCACAGUUGUUUAUAUAUCUGUUGGAUUGUUUGGUUACAUUGGUUUUUGUUCUGAACCGUUUUCAGGUAAUAUUCUGAUGAGCUUUGAACCAAGCGUGACCUCUGAAGUCAUCAAAAUAGGCUUUGUUCUUUCAGUGGCAUUUAGUUUUCCACUAGUCAUUUUUCCCUGUCGAGCCAGUUUAAAUUCUUUACUUUUCAGACGAGGCUACACACACUUGGAAACGUCAACUAGUUACAUAUCAGAAACAAAAUUUCGAUGUCUCACUACUUUUAUAGUGAUAAUAUCGAUGGUUGUCGGUAUACUGAUUCCUAGCAUUGAAUUUGUACUUGGUAUAGUUGGAUCAACUAUUGGUGUUUUGAUAUGUCUGAUAUUUCCUGGUAUGUUUUUCAUAUCCAUCAGUACAAAAAAUACUAAUGAGAGGUUACUUGCUCAGCUUCUUGUAAUUAUUGGUCUGUGGAUUAUGAUUCUUGGCACAUAUGCUAAUCUAUAUGCAAUGGAACAAUCGUCGAAUUCGCAAGUUGAAACGGUAACUCCAAAACUUCCUGUUCAAGUGAUCAAUGGUGUAUCUAAAACGUUCAUAGAAAACGAAGUGCUUGUGGAGCAAAAUCAGUUAAAACAGCCUGAUAAUCUACUAAAUGUAAAAGAUAAUGUCGAUAAACCUCAAGCUAGAGUUCCUGAGAAACCUCCUGAUGAAGAAAACAUUAGACGGGAACCUCCUGUACCCGUUGAGCAAUUACCUGUAAAACCACAAGAUAAAGUACCAGUUGUUGAAUCAAUAGUAACAAUUAGUCCAAAAGUGCAAGAAAUAAUUAACAAGAUUAGUAUUGAUGAUCAGUUAGUUGAUGAAGCCAAAAAAGCAUUUGAUUCGUUGAAAAAAGUCAAACCUAAAAAAAAGGGAGCUUCUAAAAUAGAAGAAAAUCCAGUGCCUGAUAAACUUAUGAACGAGCCUCCUAAAGGUGAAGAGAACCAAGUACCUGUCGAAAAAAGUAAAAAUGCUGUUAGAGUCGAUGCGUUCCAAAAAAACGAUAUAGCUGUAGACGCUAUCAAAAAAGAAGAAUCUGAGCUUGCUGCCGACAAAGACAUUCUGAACGUUGAUCCUAUGCAGAGGCGUGAACAGCUCGAUAAAACCUUGGUCAAACAUAUCAAGGAACAGAAAAAAAUGAUGCAGGAACAAAAGGAGUUGUUGAAAGAUAUCGAGAGAAACGAGAAAAAGUUGGAACAGGAAAUCGGUGGCGAAAAGUUAAAGGACCUUGAAAAAAAAACCCUGCUAGUUGAUAACCCUUCACUGGGUGAAGAGAAGAAACCAGGUAACGAAGCGAAAAAAGAAUAUCAUGAUGUUGCCAAUAAGAAAGUUAGAAAAAAAGCAUCAGUUGAAAUGAUCGGCUUGAAAAAGAAUCUGUCACGACUGAUUACAGAAAAGAAUGGAUCACAAGUAAAUGUAAAGAAACCACUAGAUAAUGAAAGUAUUGAUAAGGACGUACAUAUAAUUGAUAAUGAAAUGAAAAAAGUAGAUGAUUCAGAAAAAGUAAAACUAAUCUCACUGGACUCCAAGUUAAAACCAGACUUGGCUGUAAAAAAAUCUGGUGAUCACAUUAUUAAAGCUUUAAAUAAUCAAUCGAAUAAAAUUUCCAGAGAAUUUGAAGCUGCAGAAAUAUCCAACAGUCAUCAAAAUAAUAACGUUGACUCACCAGGUCUGAUGCCUAGUGUGAAAAACAAUGAUAGUUACGUUCCGUUGGUUCUAAAAUUAAAUUCACAAAAUAAAGAUACUCUGAAUUCAGAUAAUUUAGAGAAUAACCACAGUAAUUAUGCUCGAAAAAACACGUUGGAUGAGCACGAAAGAGAAAAAAGAGAAAUUGAAGAGAAAGAAAAUAGUAAUGAACUUAAAACUGCUAUCAAUCAAACAAUCAUCGAAGGGAAUAAGAAUGUUUCAGUUGUGCAAGAUACAGUUAUAGAUAACAAGAAAGAAAGUUGUGAAAAAGAAGAAAAACAAAAUCUUCAAAGUGUGAAUCAGGAAGAACAAGUGACUCUUAAAUUGAUAAAUAAUGGUAGUUCCAUAGACCUAAUUAAAACUAGUAGUUAUUUGUCUGGACAGGAAGCUAUAAAAACUGUUUCAAUUGAUUCAGAAUUAAAAUCAGGUGACAGUUUGAUAAAAGUAAAAUCGAGAGAUUUGAAAUCCAUAAAUUAUGACAAUGUUGAUAAAACGUAGUUAUUGAGUCUGAUGCCCCUGUAAAAAAACGAUCUAUUUUUUAGUUUGUGCAUUUAGAUUUUUUA